AUGCUGGGAUCAGGGCGCGGCAGCGGACCGUAUCUUACUGGUGACGACGCCCCGGGACGUGGACGUGCGCACCGCCAGGCAUCACCAUUCUCUGUCUCCUUUGCUGGAGCGAGAGAUUUGGAGGACGAACCUCCCUCCCCGUCACCACUACCACCGGCGCCGUUCGGUACCCCCGUCUUUGCCCUUCUGAUGGGCCCCAGAGAGGUUCUGACGCCAUUGUCGAUGCUGCUGCUCGUUGCCGCGGAUGUUGGACUCCACCAACUUUUCGGUCAGCUUGGGUGGUCGUUUCCGUCUUGCGUCGCUGGCAUGGUGGGGCUGUUUGCAGGUGUGGAGUUUUGGGACGCGACAAGGGGGGGCGUAGAGAGACGAAAAUAG